GCCCCGUCUGCGUCGUGUUUUGAGGUCAGUACCAGGGCGACUGCGGCACCUGAUAUCGUCUAUCGUUGGUGCAACGGGCUCGAGUCAGACAUGUCCAUCAAGCAGGUAGGUUUGCUUCACCCCUACUACAAGGGCAAGCUGAGUAGGGCUCACAUUACUCAGGAGAUUGAGACCUGGGUGCAAGCCCUGGACCACUACGACAACCAAGAAUACGAUGAGGCCCUUCAGGUCUUCAGCGCCAUCGCCGAAACAUCGAAGAUCCUUUUCAACUGUGGAGUCAUAUAUGCCACCUUGGGAGAGCACGACCGAGCAGUCGAGUGCUACCAACGAGCAAUUGGGCUAGAUCAAUAUCUGGCCAUCGCAUACUUUCAAGAAGGAGUGUCCAACUUCCUGCUGGGUGACUUUGAGGAAGCAUUGGCCAAUUUCAAUGACACCCUGUUGUACCUUCGAGGUAACACCUCCAUUGACUACGAGCAGCUGGGUCUCAAGUUCCGCCUGUACUCGUGCGAAGUGCUGUUCAACCGCGGUCUGUGCUAUAUCUAUCUGCAGCAGAUGGGCCCAGGCCUCCAGGAUCUCGACUAUGCGUCCAAAGAGAAGGUGACGUUGGACCACGAUGUCAUCAAUGAUGCAAUCAAGGAACGAGCACAGGGCUAUACAGUUUUCUCCAUUCCGGUAGGGGUGGUCUACCGGCCCAACGAGGCCAAGGUCAAGAAUCUGAAGUCGAAAGACUAUCUGGGUAAGGCCCGGCUGAUUGCCGCGACAGGGGAGCGUAACGGCGUUCCGUCCGGCCCGCUGAAUCUGGAAAUCCCCCGAGCUCAGUCGGUUUUGGAUCACCGUCAUCCAGAGCACCUUCCGUUCGCCACCUCACAUCUGGUGCACAAGAACCUGCCCAGCCGGAGCCGUCAGCACUCUGAACCGCCCCUGAACCGUAAUCUCUUCCCUCCUACUCCCCCGCCGGACGCAGACAAGGCGAGUACCAACAGCUCCACAGGAAGUCUUGGGACCACCGGUCGACCGGGGUCCAUGCGCGCUGCGCCGCCCCCGCGGCUCGACCUGAACCCGGGCACCGGACACGAGACCGUCCUAAGCGAGAAGCCGCGAAUCGGAACGACUCGCACGGCCUCCGAGCCCCGGAGAGCGGCAGUAGGUGCUUCGGCUCGCCCCGGCCCUCGGGAGGAACAGUCGUCCCGCGGUCGGGAAGUGCGUGGCCAUCGACGAGGGGUCAGUGACACGGGAUCUGCAUCGACCUCGGGUGGGUAUUCGGAGGGGGGCUACUCAGGCACGCGGUCCAUGCCCGUGGGGACCGGCUGGCCUCGGCAACGGGAACGAUAUAUCGACGAGGAAGAAGAGUAUGUCAGUGGGUCGGGGUCGGCGGAGGGCGACUUUGACCUGGUCGACGGACGAUCGCCGCAGCGACAAUCCCAGCGCGGGACCUCGCGAGCCCGGCGGCCCGAGGUGCGCAAGUACCGGGUCAAGACGCAUGCCCACGAGGAUACGCGGUAUAUCAUGAUUGAGCCGGUGAUCGACUUCGCCGAGUUUGAGCGGCGGAUCCGGGACAAAUUCGGGUUCCGGACGUUGCUCAAGAUCCGCAUGCAAGACGAUGGUGAUAUGAUUACGAUGGUGGACCAGGAGGAUUUGGAUCUGCUGAUGAGCUCAGCCCGUGCGAUGGCACGACGGGAGGGAAGUGAGCUUGGGAAGAUGGAGAUUUGGGUCGAGGAACGAGGGGUGAUAUGACUUAACGACUGACUGCAUUGGUUGGCAUUGGCGUAGCGUUCUGGUAUACCCUUGUGGGCGGAGUAACAUGGCUGGAAUAUUCACGAAGUGAUGAUUGUCUCUAAUGAGCUAGACCAACACCAAGAGUAAUAUCUACUUUUACUUAUGG